UGAAUUUUGGAGUGGGACUCCACGCGCGCGACAGCUUGAAGAUCCCCAACUUCUGUAAUUUGCGGCAACCGAAUAAGUAAACACACGAGAACACGACGACAUUUACGACGACAUAUUCAUCGAUUCGUAAUCUGCAUCGAUCUUCAUUCAAUUGGCUGAUACCAUAAUCGACAACAUCCCACUCCCCCUCCAAACCAGGCGCCGCGUCGCCGCCAAACUUUCACGAUGGUGCAGAUCAGCGAAGUCAAGGGCAACAGCCGCGAGAACCGCACGGCGGCACACACUCACAUCAAGGGCCUGGGAUUAAGAUCGGAUGGCACAGCGGACAAGCAAGGCUCUGGCUUUGUCGGCCAACAGACUGCGCGCGAGGCAUGCGGUGUCGUUGUCGACCUGAUUCGAUCCCACAAGAUGGCUGGCAGGGCAGUCUUGCUGGCCGGUGGCCCCGGUACCGGCAAGACGGCGCUCGCGCUCGCCAUCAGCCAGGAGCUUGGCACAAAGAUACCUUUCUGUCCGAUAGUCGGCAGCGAGAUAUACUCGACUGAGGUGAAGAAGACUGAGGUGCUGAUGGAGAACUUCCGCCGGGCGAUUGGCCUCAAGGUCCGCGAGACAAAGGAGGUGUACGAGGGUGAGGUCACGGAGCUCACGCCCGAGGAGGCCGAGAACCCGCUGGGUGGCUACGGCAAGACCAUUAGCACACUGCUGAUUGGUCUCAAGAGCGCAAAGGGCCAGAAGAAGCUGAGGCUAGACCCGAGCAUAUACGAGGCGAUCCAGAAGGAGCGCGUCACUGUUGGUGAUGUCAUAUACAUCGAGGCCAACACGGGUGCCUGCAAACGGGUGGGCAGGUCUGACGCCUACGCGACCGAGUUCGAUCUCGAGGCGGAGGAGUACGUCCCCAUACCGAAGGGCGAGGUGCACAAGAAGAAGGAGAUUGUUCAGGACGUGACUCUGCAUGAUCUCGAUGUCGCCAACGCGCGGCCACAGGGAGGUCAAGAUAUCAUGUCAAUGAUGGGCCAGCUCAUGAAACCCAAGAUGACUGAGAUCACCGACAAGCUGCGAGGCGAGAUCAACAAGGUCGUCAGCAAGUACAUCGACCAGGGUGUUGCUGAGCUUGUGCCUGGUGUCUUGUUUAUCGACGAGGCGCACAUGCUCGACAUUGAGUGCUUCACCUAUUUAAAUAGGGCACUAGAGUCACCCAUUUCACCCAUAGUCGUGCUGGCAUCAAACCGCGGCAUGACCAAGAUUCGGGGAACUGAUGACCUGGUGGCAGCUCACGGAGUCCCGCCUGACUUCCUUGCCCGUCUCCUCAUCAUCCCGACAACGCCCUACGAUGCCGAAGAGAUCAAGCGUAUUGUCAAGCUCCGGGCCAGCACCGAGGGCGUUGCAAUCUCGGAAGCCGCCAUUGAGAAGAUUGCAGAGCACGGCGUUCGUAUCAGCCUCAGAUAUUGCUUGCAGCUGUUGUAUCCUUCGAGCAUUCUUGCGCGUGUAAACGGCCGCAAGGAAAUUGACAUCAAGGACGUCGCAGAGUGCGAGGACUUGUUCCUCGACGCACGACGCAGCGCCUCCUUACUGGCCAGUGGAGACACCGCCAGUGGCUUCAUCGUAUGAACAAGAGGGUCUCGACGAGGUGAGGUUUUGGGGGAACAAAGCCUGUGUGUAAUUACUAGCAUGAUUCUAUGUACCUUUGUCUGAUGCGUAAUGGAUAUCUGAGUGAAUUCCUGAGCAUUGAUUUCUAGAUUAGGCGCAAAUUGGAGAACAAACGGAACCAGACGGAAGGCCAAUUUCCCAUUGUCCAGGACGUGAGACAGGGAGAAGGGAAAUAGAGUCAAACGAGAAUAUCGGGCCUAUUAAAUGAUGAACAAAGGAGAAAAAGAGAUAAAAAUACAAUUUUAGCAAAAGUGAAUGCAAGGCCGGCAGUCAAGAGAAAAAAAAU